AUGGAUCUCGAGGCGCGAUCGGUCGGUGACGCGAGCGCGAAGACGACGAUGUUGAGCAAGCUGCGGGAUUAUAAGAGCGAGCUGGCGACGCGAAAGCGCGAGGCGCGAGAGGCGAGCGCGGGCGAGGGAGCGGAAGACGCCAGGGAUGCGCUGUUGGGGGCGGCCGAACGUGGGCUCGGAGGAGUGGGCUCGAUGGAGGACGGGACGGCGAACGGGGAACGGGAGAUGGAGACGACGGAGCGCCUGGCGCGGACGGGGGAGCGGAUUCGGGAGAGUCAGCGCUCGCUCGCGGAGACGGAGGAUUUGGGCGUGAGCAUCCUGCAAGAUUUACAGGGACAACGCGAAACAAUUCAACGAAGCCGUGAGGCGCUGCACGGCGCCGACGACACCAUCGCGCGGUCGAGGAAGAUUCUCAGUAGCAUGAGUCGACGCGCGACGGCGAACAAGGUGUACUUUUACGGCGUCGCCGGCGUCUUGACCGUGGCCAUUCUCAUCAUCAUCUUCCACAGACUCGCGUAG